AUGCCGAAAGUGAUCAAAGAAGUGAAUAUAUCAGUUAUUGGAAUCAGUGGAGUCGAAGACAUCAAAGGUCCUCGAGGUGCGGGCAAAUCGUUGCUGUGUAAUCGUUUCGUUCGACCUGCAGCUGACGAAUUUCACAGUGAACAUUGCUCUGUGCUCUCUCAGGUCUGCAAAAAAAAAAGCUGAAUUGAUUUGGUGAGGUGAUUCACGAUCGGUCUAUUGAGAACGUGGACCUGUGAUAGGCCUAUAAUAUGCCUAUCACGAAGAAAAAAUUCGCCGAUGGACGCAUUGUAGGCAGUGGGGCGCACCGUUCGCGAUGGGCCUAUGAUGGACCUGUAAUAGACCCAUCGCGAAAACCGAAUUCGAAAUUUUCGCCAAAUUUUCGCCGUGCACGGAUUUUGUUCAGAAUUUUCAUAUUUUUAACGUGUUUACUAUCAUUUUAACAGCGUUUAUUGUAUUUCCAGUUGCCUAAUUUAGGUUUUCAUUUGUUUCAGUAUUAUUUUUUGGUGUUCUGUACAUAGGUUUCUCUUUUUGCGUUAAGUCUAUGCGGUAUGCGGCAUACCGUAUGCCUCGAUCAUUGUUGAAUCAUUUUGCUCAAUUACAAAACUCAGAAGUGCGGUGUACUGCAAACUACUUUUCAGUCAAAAUGGCACUGAAAUACUUACUUGUGAAAAGAUAGCUAUUUAGUGGAAAGUGUCCGAAAAGUGUGGUGGCAAAGUUCGCACGCGUCCAAAAAUAUUACUUAAUGAGAAGUUUAGCUGUCUUCUUUUCAGCCGAUUAUCUUUUUGGAGCCGUCGCGAUUUUGGAGUCGGCGGAGGACACGAGAGUGACGAGUACGACGAUGGCGCCGGACGCGGAGGAGUGGAUCAGGAAAAUAAUGAUGUCGUCGACUGUCGACUAACUCAGCCUGUUUUUUAAUUAAAAAUGUUUUCCCCGCCCCUAAAUUGUUUUUAUUUUCUUUUUUCUUUUCCUCUUCUUCUACUUUACCUGUAACCCAGCAUUUUCAUCUUGUACUAUUCAUCGCUAUUGCCUCCUCGUUGUUUGCGUACUCAAGCCUAAUUUUAGACAUUUUGGCUUGAGUCUGCAAACACCGAGGGCAAUAGCGAUGAAUUGAGUUUAUAAUCAUAAUCUCGAUAUCGAACGUUCGCGAUUGGUCCACAAUGGGCGUUCGCGAUAGGUCUAUAAUGCGUGAAAAUUUUCGUGAUCGGCCUAUAAUGUUCCUAUUCAAGGACCUGCUCCGAGUUCUCUUUAGACACAUCCGCGAAUUUGUAAUAGACCGAUCUCGAAUCACCUGAAUUCAGCUGAAUAGUAAGCUUUUGUUCAGAACGAUUUUUUUGGAAGUCCUGUUAUAAACGGAGAUCAUUGGCUGUAUUGGGGAGAUCGGAUAAUAGAGUUGUCAUUUGACGCAUGCGUCCGCGUAAGAGUUCUAGAACAAACCGGUACUCCAUUGAAUUGAUAUGAACAAAAGAACGAAAGAAUUUGAGAAUUUCUGGAUGACGAGUCAUUCGAGCCCCUGGCUAAAACAUCAACUUCUGAAAAUUAUUAUCAAAGAUGUUGUCGGAUAAAUCUGAACAGUCGUGAUAAACUGAUGUAUAUACAGAAGGUGAGAUCUUUUCAAAAAACGAUUCCAUUUCAAUUACCUUAGGAACAACUCGGCGCGGAAAGUACAUUUCCUCAGCAGCAGCUGAGAGACGGAAAAAUUAAUGUGGACGGAUUUAUAAUAGUUUGUGAUGUGAGCAAAAACUACGAAUCUCAGUUGAACCAAGUGUUGACAAUUGUCGAAGAAAUUGCAAAAGCAAGGAAGCCGACUGUAGUCACUUUUACGAAGUGCGAUAAAGCAGUGGAAAGAACGAAACAAUUGCUUCUCACUUUAUUUUUGUCAACCAAAGGACUUCGACAUGUUCACAUGCCACCUAUAGAAACAUCGUCUGUGGAAAACGUCAAUGUUGACAUUUUAUUCCGAUCUCUUUGUGAACUGUGUCUUGGAUCUUGUUUCACUCAUCAUUUUAAUUAUCAUAAAGCAUCGUCUUUAGUGCAACAGCAAAACUUAAGAGUGAAGUAAGAUUCCACAUUUUCUUCGAAUAAUAAUAAUUCUCAGAAAUAUGUAUACGCAAAUGUUAUCUCAAGCGAUACCAGGAUGGUGUUGGGCAGGUAAAAGUUCAAUAUGGAAACGCAUUGUCGCCGAAAUAGACCGGAAUCCAGAUUUCAAAAACUUUGUAUUUGUUUUUGGAAGUAGAGCUGCGUCAUUGAGUUACGAAAGACAUAUAGAAGAAGUCGAGAAAUGCUGGACUCCUAACAGGUUUGUAGUCGCAAAAGUCUGUCAACCGCGCUCUACCGAAUUCCACGUGAAUUCAGUGCUAAAUUGAAAAAGUUCGCGGUCGCGGCCGGGUUUUCACGUGGGAUUGCGGUAAAGCGACAUUGCCAGACUUCUGCUGCGCUAAUAAUAAAAACAAUCUGUUAUCUUAGACUGGGACCUCUCUUGAUUCGUCUGGUCACAGCAUUUAGAGCUCUUUUCAAUGUUGACAGUAUACCAGAGUUUCAUUGGAAAUAUGCGAGAGAAGCCAUAGGAGCACAUUCACUUUAUACCCGUUUCUUCGAUAAACCAGGUAGCUUCCUUUGACUUUUCCCAACUCAGAAAAAAAACUGAGUAUGUUUCAGAUUAUAAUUCAAACAUAAUGAACAUGGAACUUCCGGAAAAGAAAAGAAUUCCAGCGGACAUCUUACUACUACCAGAAGCCAAAAAUGUUUUCUACAAGUUUAGAGUGAGUAAGUUUUCAUUUCUGUAAUUAUUCAGACAGGAUGUACUCAUCGCGACCCGGUGGUUUGACUUUCGAGAGAUCGAUUGUAGUCUUCGGAAUCCCAUGUGAAGUUAGAUCUGUAUAGUCUCAUAAAUGCAAGAGAGCAGGAUUGUUUGUUGUACUGAUGCGAGUGUAGUACUUGAGAGAGUGAAUGAGCACAAACGAUGUUUGCAUCUCCUACUGUUAGCCAUUAUUUUUUUUUUAAUGACAACCCUCAAUUCCACACAGUUUUAAUCUAACAGUGCACAGUUUAAAUAUCACCAUAAUUCUAAUUUAAUAAAAGACUUGAAGGGUAUGUCCGUCUGUUUCUUUGUUUGUUCACAAGGCUUUCUAAAACUGGGCCCGAAGCGCUGUCCUAGCUAACGCUCGGAAGUGGAUUGGCCGCUUGUCUGUUUCUCAUAAGUGUCUGAAAGUUCACAUGUUCAUUUCGUAAUUUUUUCUACUUCUUUUUCAGAAAUGAGAUGAUUUCAGAAAUGAACGUGGGGACUGACAAACAGAAAUAUAAACAGACGAACAUACCCCCCAAAAAAAAACUUUGGCCAUUUCAUAUAUUUUUGUGUGUUGUUUUCCAAUCAGCCGAGAUAUAAAACCUCGACCGCUGGCCGAGUCUAGCGGAGCGGGAUUUUCAUAUUUUGCAGGGCUAAUGAUUGAAAUCUUUUUGUGAUUUACAGUCCUUUGUGGAUGUGACUCGAGAGCUCGAAUCCUCAAGACCUUGGAGUGGUCUUUGUGCGGAUCUCUUUAAAAACAUGAGUAAGAACCAUUCUGGUGAAAACAAGGACCCUAGGUCAGUGACACACUUAAUACCGAACUUAUGAAAAUGUUCUGACUACGUGCUCUGGCCAGAUCUGGGAACUCGAUCGCAAUCUAAUACGAACUCGUUUGAAAUAGAAUUUUCUUCAAUUUGAUUGCAAAAUCUUCUAAUUAGAUUACAAUCAUUGCAAUAUUUCUAAUUAGAUUGCAAUGUUUUCUUAUUAGAUUGCAAUUCAGGAAAAAUAUAUUGUAAUCUAAUACGAUUUUACUGGAACCUCAAUUAAAUCUGAUUAGAUUGCGAAAUAGGGUUUUUUCUUAUUAGAUUGCAAACUCUUCUAAUUAGAUUACAAUCGAGUUUCCAGAGAAUUAAAUCUGAUUAGAUUGCGAAAUAAAGCUUUUUCUUAUUAGACUGCAAACUCUUCUAAUGGGGUUAUUCCGCGAUGUAAAGAAAAAACGAAAAAAAAACGGAAAACAAACGCUGAAUAGCCCCAUAAUUAGAUUGCAAUCGAGUUUCCAGAGUGCUCGCAAUCUAAUCAGAUUUAAUUGAAGUUCCAGUAAAAUCGUAUUAGAUUACAAUAUAUUUUUCCUGAAUUGCAAUCUAAUAAUAAAAAAUUGCAAUCUAAUUAGAAAACAUUGCAAUCUAAUUAGAAAAAUUGCAGUGAUUGCAAUCUAAUUAGAAGAUUUUGCAAUCUAAUCUAAGCAAAUUCUAUUUCAAGCGAGUUCGUAUUAGAUUGCAAACUCUUCUAAUUAGAAACUCGAUUGCAACUGGAAACUCGAUUGCAAUCUAAUUAGAAGAGUUUGCAAUCUAAUAAGAAAAAGCUCUAUUUCGCAAUCUAAUCAGAUUUAAUUGAAGUUCCAGUAAAAUCGUAUUAGAUUACAAUAUAUUUUUCCUGAAUUGCAAUCUAAUAAGAAAAAAUUGCAAUCUAAUUAGAAAACAUUGCAAUCUAAUUAGAAAAAAUUGCAGUGAUUGUAAUCUAAUUAGAAGAUUUUGCAAUCUAAUUGAAGCGAAUUCUAUUUCAAACGAGUUCGUAUUAGAUUGCAAUUUUUUCUUCUAAGUUUUCUAAUUAGAUUGCGAUCGAGUUCCCAGAGAAUGUCGCGACAUGGCCUAGAAAACAUCGCGUGUAGUCCGCGAGGAGAAUAAAUUAUCAUCAUUUUUCGAAACAUUUUUUCUGUGUUUCAUUCACGUCUAUCCAUAGUCACCACAAAAUGUCUUCCCCAACAAAAGCACUGCUGAUUUACAGCGACGUUGUUGCUUGCGAGAGACUAUCUUUAAGAGAAACUGUAUUUCUACUUGAUUCUUUAAUUUCUGAAGGCAAUAUCUAUACACAACCCGAUAAAAUGUGAGUGUCUUUAAGAGAGAUUCCAAUGAACAAAGUUCUCUCUCCAGAAAAAUUACAUCUGUUUUAUCACAGUGCUCCUUCAAAUUGCAACAAGCGGGGGCUCCACUAGCAACUCCCGAGUCUAUCGACUUUUUGCCCGACUACUCAGUAGUGAAGGUGAAAAAUACUUAAGUAGAAAUCAACGUGAGAAUCGCCUUUACAAUUAGGAUGCAGUUGAAGAUCAUGUAACAAGCUACGAGGACCUUUCUCAAGAAAAACGAAACUAUGGUGAGGAGCAGUUGACAGAUGAAAUGAACUUCAUUAAUUCGCAGGAGAUACAACCAAGUAUCAUCACAAUACCUAAUUUGAAAAAAAAUAGUUUUUCAGAUGCAUCGCGUCAUACACAAAAUCCUUCUGCGUCGCCCUCCGCUGACUCAGUUAACCGAUUGCACAGGACUACAAAUUUGUUUUCUGUUUAUCCACAAAUGAGUGAAAUGAGAUCUUCACUGUCAACUGAAUUCCUGACAGAUUUAUCUAUGAAAGAAGCUUCCGUCAAAAAUGACAACCGAUUCGUAAGGAGAGUAACUACGUCGUUCCGACUACGGAAAAGUCUAGCCGAUUCAACAAUUGGAGAUAAAGAAGAGAAAUUUACCAUAAAGACACCAUCGGAAUCAAUUUUAUCUUUCAUAGAGAAGCUAGCUACAAGGUCUACACAAUGUUCUCCUCGAGCUAUUCGGAAAACUAGAACGCCUUCAUCAUUCAGUGACUUGAUUGGGGUUUUUCAAGAUCUUAAUAUGCUUUCAUUUCAGAUGAUACGUCAGAAAAAAUCUCGAACGUCUUCAAUUGGUUGCCAUCAAAAACUACAAAAAAAAUUAUCCAGAGGAAAAGUUUCAUCCAUGAUGUAAUGAUUUGAAAAACAACCAAAAAUUUUAAUUACGAAUUACAGUUGAGCAACUACUCUUCAUCUUCAGGUUUUCAAAAAAAAGUAUCCCGUAAUCAAACUUUGGAUAUACUCAGCGCUGAAUCUGCUAAUGGGAUCCCGAAUUAUGUCGAGCUUUGUAUUCAGUUUAUAGAACAAGUAAGCGCGAAAUAUGAAAAUCAAGACUCUAAGGCCGUGUUCAAAGUUUAAACAAUGUACACAUUGCAAUGUGUGAAGUCUGUUGGAUUUUGCAACUCAAAAAUUGCUGAAAUUUGACAGAGAACCGCUCGGCAUUUGCAGGCUAAGUUUAAGCACAUCAUAAACAACUUUUAAUUAGAAAUUGCUAAAACUUUGUUGACACUGUUCUUAAACGUUGCUGAUAACUGCUGCGAAAUGCCGAGCGGACAGCUGAACGAAUGAUACCGUACACCAUUGCGCUACGGUAUUUUUUGAAAAUAUUUACAUUUUGGGGGGUGCGACUUCGAAAGUGGCUAAUUCUCGGAAUAGUAGUGUUUCGAAAUAGAGCGUGUUUCGAAAUAAAUAAAACUGUUCCGAAUAUUUAACAAAACUCAACGAGAAAUUAUCAAACAGAUCUCACAAAUUUUUUAGAUUUGAACACGGCAUAAAGAAAUGAGCACAAUUUUUUAUGAGACCCGAGUGAUACAAACCCUAUUUUUGGGGAACCCAGAAAUGUUUCAUCGGAUCGGGACCAUUUUUUGCACGUUUUUGAAAUUUUAUACGAUCCGGAACUCGAAAUUGAACCCAUUCCAACACCAAACGUAUCGUUUUUGUUUCAGAAUGGUGGUUUCGAACAAGAGGGCAUUUAUCGCAUUCCUGGGAAUCAAGCUCAUCUGAAUGAACUAGAGAAAAACUAUUUUUUGACAGUACAGCUAAUUUUCUUUCAAACAAUUGUGGCAACCCUCUCUCCGCUAGACUCGGCCAGCGGCCGCUGUGGAAAACUUCGGCAUUUAAUUCCGAGGGUACAACAAUUUUGGGGCACAACAGGGUACAACCUAUUUUGGGGUACAACUUUUUUAAUUUUGGGGUACAACAACAUGAUUUUAGGGUACAACACUUUUUUUCCUCAUUUUUUUUGUAUUUUCUUGCAUUUUACUACAAACCCAUAUUCUUUUUAUAUCAAUAUUUCGCUGAUUUUUUUAUUUCAAUGACUCAUCUCUUGUAAGAGAACCAGUCUUUCGACUCGUGCUUUCUGCGGCAGUUCACACAUUUUGUUUUCACCAAAUCGUGAGGUUAUUCAAAACCUUUUAUUGCAAAAAAGCAUAUGACAGUAACAAGUUGAGCACAAAUGAACGGAUCUGAAAUAACGAGUAGUUAAUCUACUUGUUUGAAGUUUACGUUUAAAAUAAACUGAGCUGUUCACUUGCAAAAAUUAAACGAAUUGCAACAAGAAUAGCUCGGACUGUUAUGUUUUCCUUUUGCAGGACUACCCGCACGAGAAAGGCAGAAAGAUCUUACAGUCCGAUAUAUUAGAGAGUAGAAUAACAAUUAGAACAGUUUACAUAGAAGAUCAUUUUGUUACUUACAUUUCACUGUUUGUUUUGUCUGUUGUUUUCACUUUGUCUGUUGUUUUCUUGCAGUGCACCACAAAAUAUGCUCCCAAGGGAAGCCUUGACCCUAUUCUCAUAAACCCGCCUUAUUAAUAGAGCUAUUUAAAACCUAGAUUAACUACUCUUUAUUUCAGAUCCGUUCAUUUGUGCUCAACUUGUUACUGUCAUAUGCUUUUUUGCAAUAAAAGGUUUUGAAUAACCUCACGAUUUGGUGAAAACAAAAUGUGUGAACUGCCGCAGAAAGCACGAGUCGAAAGACUGGUUCUCUUACAAGAGAUGAGUCAUUGAAAUAAAAAAAAUCAGCGAAAUAUUGAUAUAAAAAGAAUAUGGGUUUGUAGUAAAAUGCAAGAAAAUACAAAAAAUGAGAAAAAAAAGUGUUGUACCCUAAAAUCAUGUUGUUGUGCCCCAAAAUUGUAAGAAGUUGUGCCCUGAAAUUAUGUGCUAGUUGUGCCCUAAAAGUGUUGUACCCUAAAAUACUUGACAGAAAUUAUUCCCUAAAAUCGGGGAAGUUGUACCCCAAAAUUAAAAAAGUUGUACCCCAAAAUUAAAAAAGUUGUACCCCAAAAUAGGUUGUACCCUGUUGUGCCCCAAAAUUGUUGUACCCUCGGAAUUAAAUGCCAAAACUUCGGUCGCGUUUUGUUCAAUGGCUGUAGCGCGGUGAACAUUUUUGAACAUAAUUAGAAUUUUCUGCUCGAAUUUUGUCAUUUCGUAGAGACUCAUUUGCAUGCUUUGGGGGUACAAUAUCCAUAACGGAGCGGUACAAAUGCGGUCGAGCAUGUUCACAAACGUUAAUGGGGCUAUUCAGCGUAUGUUUGUUUCUUUUUUCGUUUUUUUGCAUCGCUGAAUUGGGUUUUUUGACGUAAAAAAACGGAAAACAAUCAUUUUUUCACAGCCUGAAUAACCCCAUAAGAUCUCGGCUGCUGACCGACUCUGGGAACUCGAUCGCAAUCUAAUUAGAACACUUUGCAAUCUAAUACGAACUCGUUUGAAAUAGAAUUUGCUUCAAUUAGAUUGCAAAAUCUUCUAAUUAGAUUACAAUCACUGCAAUUUUUCUAAUUAGAUUGCAAUGUUUUCUAAUUAGAUUGCAAUUUUUUCUUAUUAGAUUGCAAUUCAGGAAAAAUAUAUUGUAAUCUAAUACGAUUUUACUGGAACUUCAAUUAAAUCUGAUUAGAUUGCGAAAUAUAGCUUUUUCUUAUUAGAUUGCAAACUCUUCUAAUUAGAUUGCAAUCGAGUUUCCAGAGGAGUCUAGCGGAGCAGGAUUCUCAGGCAAAUCGUUUCUAAUAUUAUAGGGGCACCGCGCAGAAAUGGCGCUCUGUUGAGAAACUCCUUUUGCAGUGCAAAUUGAGCGACCUCGGGGCCGAGUUCGAAAAGUUAGGCCACAUUUUCAGUGGAAAAUUACUUCGCGGCCUAGAAAUUCGGCCAGAUUGCGAACAGCGCACCCUUUCUGUCCGGUGCCCCUAUAAUAUAACUAGCUAAGUCUCGUUUCUAACCGGACCUAGUUAGAUUGCUACCGAUUUCUAAAUCUAGCUAGCAGAAUCUAAGCAUAAUCUAGCUAGGUUUGCCCGAAAUUUAAAUCUACUUAGAUAAUUUUGAAUCUAAUGUCAGUAUUUUUGCAAUCUAAUUAGCUUUGCCAAUCUAAUUAGAAAAUUUAUCAGUCCAGUUAGAAGGAUUUGCAAUCUAAUCGCAGUAAAUUAGCAAUCUAUUAUAGAGGCACCGAACAGAAAUGGCGCUCUGUUGAGAAACUCUUUUUGCAGUGCAAAUUGAGCGACCUCGGGGCCGAGUUUGAAAAGUUAGGCCACGUUUUCAGUGGAAAAUUACUUCGCGGCCUAGAAAUUCGGCCAGAUUGCGAACAGCGCACCCUUUCUGUCCGGUGCCCCUAUAAUAAUUAGGUCCGGUUAGAAACGCGAAUUAGCUAGCUAGAUUACAAACGAUUUAGCUGAGUUACCACAAUUAUGCGGAGCUAAUAGGGAUCUAUUUAAAGGGACAUUUCGACGUUUCUUCAUUCGACGCACCAGUGCAUGUUGUCACAACAGCUCUGAAAAACUUUUUAUCCGGUCUUCCUGAACCACUGAUACCUAUCGAGCAUCAUUCUCGUUUCAAAGAACUCAAAAUAUUUAAUGAUAGCACAAAAGUAACUUUAGUUAAUACAAAUCGUAAAGUAAGCCACAAAUUACAGAAUGUGAAAAGCGUCAAAACUUCUAUAAGUCAACUACCACAAGUUAACCGAACUGUACUACGCUACAUUAUUUUACAUUUACAAAAAGUUGCUUGCUCAACGAAAACUUUUAUGAACUCGAACAAUUUGGCAAAAGUAUGGUCUCCAACUAUUUUUAGGUAAGACUGUUGAGUGCUUCCAAUGCGCAAUUGCUAUUUCUUAAUAGAGCGCGUUUGCAUCAUUUAGCGGCUCGGAAUUUAUUUUUGAACUGGAAAUCGUUCUCAGAUGUUCACCGUGAACUUCAAGAUCAGUAUGUUUCCAGGCCGAUUUUUUGCACAUACGAGGAACUAUCGUCUGGAAUGCCAGUUUUCCACACAACUCUCGAAAUACUGAUAAAUAACGCGUGCUUAAUAUUCGAAGAAUAG